AUGGAAACUGAAUACAUUAUGGACAUUUUGCUGAAUUUGGCUACAUCAUCAGCACUUAUUGCAUAUACUGUAACACAAUGUGGAGUAAGAAUACAAUUUUUGAUUGACACAUAUGUCACUUAAAUAAUCUUUGAAUAAUUUUCAGAAGAAAAAGAACACGGCAUCUGAAGGUGGAGAAUCAUCAAAAUCAUCGAAAGUAUCAGAAUCUUCAAAUCACCCUGGAGAAGAACCGGGCGCUGCUUCACCUGCGGGACCAAAAGCACCUGGGGGGCCAAUGCAAAUGGCAGGAACACAUGAUCCGAAUUAUCAAACAUUGGCUGGUAUUGAAAAUAAUUUCGGAGGAGAUAAAGCUGCGGGUGCAGCUGCAGCUGGAGGACCAAAACCAGGUGCUGGUGGAAUGGCUGGAACACAUGAUCCUAAUUAUCAGACACUGGCUGGAAUUGGAAAUGACUGUUUUGCGAAAAAAGAAGGUGGAGCUGCUGCACCAGCUGGAGGAAAACCAGGAAUGGCUGCAACUCACGAUCCAAAUUAUCAAACUUUGGCUGGACUUGGAAAUGAUGUUUUUGCUAAAAAGGAUGGUGCUCCAGCUGGAGGUGCAGCUGGUGGCCCGGCUGCUCCAGCAAACAAAGAUGCAAAAGCUGCAACACACGAUCCUAACUAUCAAACACUAGCUGGAUUGAAUAAUGAUGUAUUCAAAAAGGACGGAGCUCCUGCUGGAGCUGCACCAGCUGGAAAAGGACCACAACAACCAGCCAACAAGGUUAUUCCUCUUUCCAAAAAAAACUUUGAUUAACAUUCCGAAUUUUUUCAGAAUGCAAAAGCUGCCACACAUGAUCCAAACUAUCAAACAUUGGCUGGAAUCGGUGGAGAUGUUUUUGGAGCAGAUAAGAAAACAGGGGGAGCACCGGCUGCUGGAGCUGCUGGUGGCAAGAAACCUGUAGCCCCAACCAAUAAAAAUGCUAAGGCUGGAACUAUGGACCCCAAUUAUCAAACUCUUGCUGGAAUUGGAGGUGAUGUAUUUGGAGCUGAUAAGAAGACUGGAGGUGGAGCUGCUGCACCAGCUGGAAAGAAACCAACAGCCCCGGCUAAUAAAAAUGUGAAAGCUGGAACUAUGGAUCCAAAUUAUCAAACAUUGGCUGGAAUUGGUGGAGAUGUUUUUGGAGCGGAUAAAAAGAAAAAAUGA